UCUGGAGCCUGAACAUGGCUUUGUCUGGCUGAGUCUGGCUUGACAGAAAGAGGAGGAAGAGGAGGCAAGGAUGCUCCCAGCCGGGGAUGAUGGAGCUCCAAGGGGUCUUUCUCCCAGUGAAGGCAACCUCUGGGACCCUUGGCCUGCCUUGGCCAAGCCACCUGGGACUUAGAGGAGGGCUUGUAGAGAGCCAGCCCCGGCACCAUCACAGUCACAGCGGCCACCUGGGAUGUGAGCAUGAGGCAGCGGCUGGGCAAUCUCAAAGCCUUCGGGGAGGGAAGGGGAGGCCACAGCAAACCGUUGGUAUGCCACCACGUCGAGUGCCAGCAGCUGAACAACGCAGCCCCUUUGCACUUGUGUGAGGCGUGCGACGGACGCUUCCACAGCGCCAUGCACUUUGAUCGCCACAUCCGCUUCGACCUUCCUCCGCAAGGUUCAAUCCUGGCACGAAAUGUCUCCACUCGGUCGUGUCCGCCACGGACCAGCCCUGCCUCAGACAUGGAUGAGGAGGAGGAAGGUCUGAUCGAUGGAAAAGGGGACAGGAAAAGCUCAGCGCUGAAGCUUCCCAAGAAGAAAGCCAGGAGGAGACACACCGAUGAUCCCAGCAAGGAAUGCUUCACCUUGAAGUUUGAUUUUAACAUGGACGUUGAGACAGAGAUCGUGCCGGCCAUGAAGAAGAAGUCCCUGGGUGAAGUGCUGCUCCCAGUGUUUGAGAGGAAAGGCAUUGACUUGGCCAAAGUGGACAUUUACUUGGACCAGUCCAACACCCCGCUUUCGCUCAACUUUGAGGCGUACCGCUUUGGGGGACACUACCUGAGGGUCAAAGCCAAACCAGGGGAUGAGCUGAAAGUGGAGCAGGCCAUGAAGGACUUCAGGUCGCUCAGCCUGCCCAUCCUGCGGCCCCCGGGCAUCGGACCCCCGUCCUUCCCCUGCACCCCUUCUCUGGACCGGCUGGAACAGGUCUCCUUCCGGAGGGAGAAUACCGACAUCCUGGUGCCUGGAAGGCAAAGGAAGAACAUGAAUGAGUUUCUGGGUGACUCCAACAUCCCCAGCCAGGACUCUCCAUCCUUGCAUCCUGUCAACCUUUCCUUGGCUAGCAAUGGUGUCGACACCUGGAAGAAUCGGGCAGCCAGCCGCUUCAGCGGGUUCUUUGGGUCGGGAAACAGUGCCGGACCCUUUGCCCGGGAGAUGGACAAGAUGGAGCAACUGGAGAGCAAACUGCACAGCUACAGCCUCUUUGGCCUCCCCAAGUUUCCACAGCAGCUGCACUUUGACCAGGAUUCCUGGGAGGAAGAAGAGGAUGAUGAUGCCAACCUCUGCCUGGAAGACAGCUGGCAGGAGAUCAUCGAAGGCACAGAGACUUUGACGCGUCGGCAAUGCCACCAACAAGAGGCAAUCUGGGAGCUUUUGCACACGGAGGCAUCCUACAUCAAGAAGCUGAAAGUCAUUACAGAUCUCUUCUUGUGCUGCCUUUUGAACUUGCAGGAAUCGGGGCUCCUGUGUGAGGUGGAAUCCGAGCGCCUUUUCAGCAACAUCCAGGAGAUCAUCCAGCUCCAUCGAGUGCUUUGGAGGAGCGUCAUGGCCCCCAUUUUGGACAAAAUCCGAGCCACACGGACCUUGCUGGAUCCCACCGACUUCUUCAAGGGCUUCAAGAUGUUCGGCUCCCACUUCAAGCCGUACAUCCGCUACUGCAUGGAGGAAGAAGGGUGCAUGGAGUACAUGCGGAAUCUGCUUCGGGACAACGACCUCUUCCGCGUCUACGUCACGCUUCCCUUGCAGUGGGCAGAGAAACAUAAGCAGUGCAACCGGCUGAAGCUGAGCGACAUGUUGGUGAAGCCCCACCAGCGCCUCACCAAGUACCCGCUGCUGCUCAAGUCGGUGCUGAAAAAGACGGAGGAGCCGCACACCCGGGAGACUAUCGUUACAAUGAUCAACUCGGUGGAGCGUUUCAUCAACCACGUAAACUCCCGGAUGCGCCAAUGCCAGGAGCAGCAGCGCCUGGCCACCAUCGUCAGCCGGAUUGAUGCCUAUGAGGUGGUGGAGGGCAGCACCGACGAAGUGGACAAGAUCCUGAAGGAGUUCCUGCAGCUGGACCUAACGGCCCCGAUCCCGGGAACCUCCACAGAGGAGACGCGGCAGCUUCUGCUGGAAGGGAGCCUCAAGAUGAAGGAAGGGAAGGACAGCAAGAUGGACGUCUACUGCUUCCUCUUCACCGACCUCUUCCUCAUCACCAAACCCGUGAAGAAGGCCGAGAGGACCAAGGUGAUCCGGCAGCCGCUCCUGGUGGACAAGGUGGUCUGCCGUGCCCUCAAGGACCCCGGUUCUUUUCUGCUGAUUUAUCUCAAUGAAUUUCGGAGUGCUGUGGGCGCCUACACCUUCCAGGCCAGCGGGCAGUUGCUGUGCCGGAGCUGGGUGGACGCUCUCUGCAAUGCCCAGAAUAAGCUACAGCAUUUGCGACUGAAGGCCCACCAGUGCAACCAACAGUUGCAGAGCCUGGAGGAAGAGGAAGAGGAAGAGGAGGAAGGAGAGGAAGAGGAAGGAGAGGAAGACGAGGAAGAGGAUGCCGAGAGCGGGGUUUCUGGGGCCAGCUCCCCCACCAUCCUUCGCAAGAGCACCAACAGUUUGGACUCCCAGCAGUGCCUCUCCGAUGGCUCCACUGAGACCAUCUCCGUCAUGGUGGUGGACGCCGGCGAGGUACCUCCUUCACCCGACUCAGAGGUCGGCCCCUUCAGCUCACAAUCAGACGAGGCCUCCAUCAGCACCACUGCCUCGUCCACGACGCCAACCCUAGAGGUAGGUGAGUCCCUGCCAGUGGUAGCCACUGACCACGGCCUGAAACCAGAGUCUGGCACCUGCCGCUCGUCUUCCAUCGACAGCGCCUACGGGACUCUUUCGCCCACCUCCAUAGAGGAGUUUGCCGAACAGCAGCAACGCCGGCAGCAGCUGGAGACGGUUGCUUCCAUGGAAGAGGAGGAUGCUCACACCUCCCCCUGCCACCGCACCAGCUCCCCAAAACUGCGCAGGCAAACCCCCGUCCAGCUCCUCCCAGUCAAGACUAAGGUGCUGAAGUCCAAAUCGGAGGCCAACCUCUUGCAACUGCUCCCAGGCUCCUUGCAACUCGCCCAGAGCAAAAGCCUAUCUGAACUCUGCCCAGCCAUCUUCCUCCUGGGCUGCCCCCGGACUAACGGGUCGCAAAGCCCAUUGGUCUGCCCCACUGGCCCCUUCAACAGCAGCAGCAGCAACAGCAGUGCCUCAGAGUUGUCGGAGGCCGAGGAGCCCUCCUUGCCCAGACUUGGCUACGUUUCUCUGGAGGCCUCGCAGGACAGCAUCUCCGAAGGGCUGUCGCGUCCCCCCAGCUGGCCGCCAGGAGAGGGUCACCAAGGGGAAGGGCCCCCCGCUGCCCGCCGGACUCUUUCAGACCCGCAGGCCAUCCAGCACCGCAAGCUGACCCUGGCCCAGCUCUACCGCAUCCGCACAACUUUGCUGCUGAACUCCACGCUCACCGCCUCGGAGGUAUGAGAUGGUCAGGAGGAGUGCAAGAAGAACAAGAGCGACGCCACUUCUAGAGCCAGGAGUCCCACGUACUUUUUUUGAAUUGUAUAACCCUUGGGUCCUGGGCACACUUUUCCUCACCAUGGGUGCAGAUGCUGCUCUUCCACUGGCAUAGCGGGUGGAUUUGAGGUACCAUCUCAGGAGCACCAGAGGAUUUGGGGAGGGAGGGGAAGGUGGUUGACUGCUGUGACCGUCAAUGCCGGCAGAGCGUAUGUUUAUGUGUGUGCAACUGGGAAGGCAUCCAACUUUCAUGCCCUUGCAGCGAUCAUGUGCAUCUGGGCAUGCUCUUGAGUGAUCAAAGGGCAGAGGAGGUGUGCACUGCAAAGGAGAACACAAGGAUUUCUAGACGUCCAUCUAUGUGUUUGCACCGAACAGGAACUUUGGAUGCUUCAUCCAGAUUUGGAGACAGAUGGACUCUGGGAUAAGGACAUCUGGUGUGUAUAUAUGUGUGUGUGUUGUGGUGUAUGUGAGGGGGUUGUCUUCCCAAAACAGCACCCUGUGGAGUAAUAUCUCCUAUGGUGGCCAGGCAACUGGGUGUGAAUGGGCUGCUUGCAAGUCAUUCAAGUCACUUGUGCAAGUCACCCGACUGCCAUCCACCUCCACAGAUGCACACAGAUCUUCCAGAAUUUUCUCUUGUGCAAUGGUCAGAUGGCUCUGUUACCCACAUGGCUUCUUCCAUCAAUGGCUACCCCAUGUUGCCUUAUGAUCAGCCCCUGGGAACAUUUUUAUAACAUGUGGAGAAUGGGAGCAAAUUUGUGGGAAAGAAGAUGUGUGCUCUUCAAAAUUAUGUCCACGUUUCACACCGGCUACAAUCGGCUCUUCCGACCCUUGCAAGGUAGACCUACACAACCGCACCAUGGGGCCGUUGUUGGGGCUGUUGACCAUGCAGCAUGUUAAGCAUAAGGUCUGGUGGAGUGUGCAACUUUCAGCUUCGAUGGUCUCAGCUGUCAACUUGUGAUCAUCAUUUUUUGCAUGAACAAACUUAGUUCUACCCCAUGGGUUCACUUCUGCUCCAGAUCCAGUUAUGCAAAAAAAUAAUUUGUUAAAAAAGGACCUCGCUCGUCUAAUUGGGAACUCCAUUGGGCUUUUUGCUCAGGCGGAGAGAUGCGCAAACCACUAGCGUUUCUCCUGGAAGGGACCCUUUUGCAAAAAGAGAGAUGGCCCAGUUUGAGACCAGAUCCCACCAUGCUCUUUGUACUGGGAGGGAGAGGACUCCAUCCUGGCUAAGCUGACAAAGACCGAACAAGGAUGUUGGGAAAGGAAAGUGUGGAAGCCAAGAGUUCUUGUAAGUGGACAGGAAGAAGGAGGAGACUCGGGGUUGGAAAACAUGGGCUUUGGGGUGGCAAGGAGGAUGGAAAUCAAGACUAGGUGGAAAGGUGAGUCAGGGCCACCAGGAUGCCAAUUUCUGGAUGAGCCAGGAAAACAAAAUGGAGACAUGGUCCCAGCCAUCCCUUGGCAUUUCUGGGUGAAGUCAUUGAAGUGGGCAGAGCUUGGAGAGAUUACAUGUUUGGACUAUGGCUCCCAGAAUCCCCACAAAGCAACCUGGGGAGCUGUAGUCCGAAGAAGUAACUUUUCAGGCUCUGUAAUUGGAUCCGCUGAUCGGAAAGGGGAGCCUGCUUUCCCUUCUGUUCUGUGAAAUGGUGGGAAAUGCCAAGAAGUGAAGCUCAGCAUUGGGCUGGUGGCAAAUGGAAGGAAGGAAGGAAGGAAGGAAGGAGGCAUCUGAUACCUUCAUUACUUCCAGCUUUGUGGCAAUAACUGAUGAGCCAACCCAAACAAACACCACGUUUCCCUUCCAAAACUAGAGAAAAGUUGGAUUUGCAGGGUUUGUUUAUUAAACGAGAAAGGGAUCAAUUGGCACAGAAGGUUUUCCGAUGGCGAAGGGGGUGUUGCAAUAGGGAGGGGAAGGAAGAUUCAUAAAUUGUCCCUGCUCCCAGUUUAUUUGUUGCAAAAGGUGUGGCCCACAGGUGUCACUUGUGUGUGCGUGCGUGUGUGCGUUUUAAAAUGUUGCGUAUUUAUUAAGCUUAACCCUGCCCUCGGUACCCGAGACCCACCUGCCGAAAACUGUUUAUCUGUACUAUUCUCUCACUGGGGAGGUGAUGAUGGACACUUUGCCCCUGUUCAUUUUACGUCACAUUGUGUAUUUGAUGCUCCUGUGCCCCCCCCCCC